AUGCGCAGUAUCUAUUUUUUUCUCCUUCUGUGUGUCCUGGGCGGUGUAGGACAGUAAAUCAGUGUUACUGGCUUUUACACAGAAGAGCAAAAUCAUUUGCAAGUUUCAGCCUUUGUGUCAGUCCUUUCGCUGCAUUCCCGGCGCAAUGGCAGUUCCUCCUUCAUACUCUGACCUGGGCAAAGCAGCGAAGGAUGUCUUCAGCAAGGGCUAUGGUUUUGGAAUUGUUAAGUUGGACCUCAAGACCAAAUCACAAAGUGGAGUGAUGGAGUUCAACACCUCUGGCUCCACUAACACUGACACUGGCAAGGCAGGUGGGAGCGUGGAGACCAAGUACAAAAUGGAGGAGUUGGGUUUGAGCCUCAAUCAGAAGUGGAGUACAGACAACACUCUGGCUACGGAACUUUCUGUAGAGGACCAGCUGGCAAAGGGCUUGAAAGUGGCUCUUAACACAUCCUUUGUACCAAACACAGGCAAGAAGAGUGGGAAGCUGAAGACUGGAUACAAGCGGAACUGCAUCAACCUGUCCUGUGACAUUGACUUUGAAGGCCCAGUAGUGCACUCUGCAGCAGUUUUAGGCUACGAGGGAUGGCUGGCAGGCUGCCAGAUUGCGUUUGAUACAGCCAAGUCCAAACUGUUACAGAACAACUUUGCUCUUGGCUACAAGACUGGAGACUUCCAGCUUCACACUAAUGUAAACGAUGGGACUGAAUUUGGAGGUUCUGUUUACCAUAAGGUGAAUGGUCAGUUGGAGACUGCAGUCACUCUGGCCUGGACUGCUGGCAGUAACAACACACGCUUUGGCGUUGCUGCCAAGUACCAGCUAGACAGUGAUGCCUCCUUGUCUGCCAAAGUGAACAAUGCCAGUCUGAUUGGAGUUGGUUACACUCAGAGUCUACGACCAGGUGUGAAGCUGACACUCUCAGCACUCGUGGACGGCAAGAACUUCAACACUGGUGGACAUAAGGUUGGACUGGGAUUUGAACUUGAAGCAUAGAUGUUCUCAUAAAUUGAAAGACAAAGACCCCACACUCCAACCCAGUGAUAUCACCUCCAAUUUCUACUGCCUCAUGUGUAAGCACAUCACCCUUACUUGAAAAUGAAAAGUGAUGAGUGGUUCUUCAAGUGACGCACAGUAAACUUGUCACCUGAGCUUCUACGGUAAAUGUUAUAUAAUGAUAAAUGGUAGAACGAUGGUAGGAAUGUUUUGGGGCUAAUGUUUGUCUAUAGCACCUGUGAUACGCUGUUAUAAUAAAUACAGUUGUGGGGGACAAACACAGUAUGCUUUAUGACUAGAAGAUUUUGGAAUUGUCCAGAAUUCUUCAUGAUUGACUCUUUGUGUAAGUGGCAAUUAGUAAAGAAAGUCCUACUUAACAUGUGAUCACUGAUGAAACAUCUAGCAAACUUUAAAUAGAAAACAUCUAAAGUCUAUAUAGAAAAAAAACACUGCGUUUUCAUUCUGUGGUAAUCAAAAUAUCAUUUUUGGCAGUGUAAGUCAAAUCCAUAACUGAUGACCCUCUUUUCUUUUCAAGAGGGUAUUAUCAAAAAUUCUGACAUGCUUUUUCUUAAUAGACCCUGACUGUUGAAAUAAUUUUUUCAACAAUAUGGGCAUGCUGUUAGGCAACUGAAUUUAAUUAUUUUGACUUGGAUGAAGUUAACAUUUUAAGAGUCAUUUGUAAAGAAAUCGAAACAAUUCCAGUAAGUAUAUAUGCUUAACCUCUUAAUAUUUUCUUUUAUCUGUUUACUAAAGGUCACACUGUAGAAUGCAUGAUAACAUCUGUCUGUCUCUCUGUCUUGGGGCCCUGUGGUCUCACUGCUGGGAUGUGUGGGCCAUUACUGUACGGCUGGGGGAAUUCAGCAUGAAAGCAUCUCAUGUAGUCAUGUAGGACUUUACUAGAAGAGGAACCAAAAGGUAAAAUCUUAGAGCUGGAACACUAACUUAUAAACACACCAGCGUGUAGCAAAUGAACACAUAGAAUUCCUUCACCAGCAUCCUGCAAUAAUUUUGCCACUGUUGUUCAGGAAAGUAGAUGAACAUGAUCUGGGGUUACUUUAUGUUGAAUAUAGUCAUUAAUAAGUUAAUGUGUUAUUGUUAUUAAGUUAUUAUUAUUAUUAUUAUUAGAAUGAUCAUAAAUAAGUUAUAUAUCAGUUAUGAUACUUUAAUAGGUAGUAGAGAAGCUUGGUUGUUGUGUUUGUACAGUGUACCUCAAUUUUCCAGCUAGAGUUGACCAAUUCUAAUAAAGAACUGGAAAAAAAA